AUGUCUUCGGAAUUUUCAAUAAAUAUUUCACUUAGCAAACCAGCUUUCAUCGCAGAGGAAGCAUUUGGCAUAAGCGAUAUAACAAUAAACGUGAAGGUCCAGGCAGUGACAGUUCCUAAUGGAGGAGAAAGUAAAACAGCAUCGACAAUUGAAAGUUACCAAAUAACUGUCAACGAAGUACCUCCGUCCAACGGAUCUUUGAAAGUUGAUUAUACAAUGAACGUGUAUACCAGAAAAGUACUUUCAUCAAAUGUCCAUGAAAUGGAGCUGAAUCUAACAUCCAAUUCACCACGAUUGUAUUGUAUAACACUAGAGGUCAAAGAUAUUGCAGAUAACGUUCGCCACAGUAGAAGGUUUAUGUUAUACGACAACACGAGCUUCAUUGAGACCUAUACAUUCAACAUUCGUCCAGUAGAUAUUGUCGACAACACUUUCAAUGAGUCUAGAACUGUGUACAUAGAUCGCUCGCCACCCCUUAUAAAUAACAUUUGGUUAAAGAAAGACGGUUAUGAAAUGUUAUAUGUUCACAACAGCACCGAUUUGUCGAAGAUGCAGAUGACGUUCGACGCAUUGGACCCACAUAGCGGACUGUACAACAUUAAGUGGGAGUUCGGAAUCGCCGAUACGUCAACUGUGUUAGCAAGUGGUCCUGUGGACUACAAAGAUAUCGACUACACAAGUGAGGAUUCCUUUGUUGUACACUGGCAUGGCUUUAUCGACCAUGAAAGUGGAAUCAAACUCUACAGGUUAGGGCUUGCCGCAAGAUGCUUGACUAAAGAGGAACUGUACAACUUUACAGAAGUUACUGAGAUAAUGGUAUAUAAAGAUCUUACUGAGACUUCAGUUCGUCUUCCAGCAAGUUUCACAGGUAAACGGUUCGUGACCAUUAUUGCUCUUAACUAUGCCAUGGAGUCAUCAAAGCCUGUUUGUUCGGAUGGAAUCACACGAGAUAUCUCGGCUGCUAUUAUCCGGCUUGGUCUGGAUGCGACAGAAAAAGAUUCUCCAAGUUUGGUGGACUAUAUUUCUACCGAUAGAAAACCAAACUUUAAACAUCAACAUGAAGCAAUUGGAUCAGAUGAACUGUUCUAUGUCUUCAUCAAAAUAGUCAACAAAGCAGGAUUGUCGUCUAUCGCAACGUUGGGUCCUGUGCUGUCAAGUUUGAACAUUGGUCAGCUCUAUGUCCUUCUUCACACAGAAAUGAACAUAGGUAAUUCCAAUUCGUCUGUGACCGGUGCUUUGAUGUAUGGUUCAGAACGUUCAGUUUCAUGGUACCUUAUGAAGUUGCAGUACGUGCCACAAACGUGUAAUUCCGACAUAAACUGCGUUGUAAAGUACGAAACAGACAAUGGAUACAUAGAAUUGGAAAAACAAUAUAUAGCACUCAAUGAAUUAUAUUUCAUAUGCGCGCAAUCGAAUUACACUGUGAUAGAACGUGAGCAUUUCACUGAAAUUCUAGAAGAAAUAUCGUCGUGCAGCAAUGGAUUUAUAUUAGACAGUUCUCCACCCACAAAGGGUGAAGUGCAUGUCAACAACCACAGAGGGUUUAUUACAAAUCCACAAAACGUCAUUGUAACAUGGACUGGAUUCGAUGACAACAGUGAUGCCACCGAGAUUGAUUACCAACGUGAUAUCUACGUUAUCAAUGCAUAUUGGAAAGAUUUUUACGACCCAGAGAGUGGCUUAGCAUUCUUCAGAGUUGGCCUUGGAACCGACCCAUAUGAGACCGAUGUUAGACCGCUUAUUUAUGUUGGAAUGAUGACAGAAGUUUCAUGGAAUGGUCCGUUUGUUCCUGGCAGAAAAUACCUUGUGACCGUGGAGGCGUGUAACAAAGCAAACCUUUGCACCAGACGUGUAUCGGACGGCCUUAUUGUGGACAACUCACCCCCAGUACGCGGUCUUGUACAUGUUGGACCAGGAGCAGGUCAUGAUAAAUAUUUGGGACAUCGAUCAUCUAUUCGAAUAAAUUGGCAAGGUUUCGAAGAUCCGCAAUCAGAUAUAGAUCAUUUUGAAGUAUGUGUGUCAACCCCUAAGGGCGAUUGUGACGUUGUUGGUCUAUCAAAUCGACUGCUCCACACUUCAAUUAUAAUCUCCAAUAUAACGCUCCCGAUAAAUAUUUCACUUAUUGCAACAGUUUGGGCGUUCAAUGGAGUCGGCAUGAUUGCAGCAAAAGCGUCUGAUAUGUUCAUUAUUGAUGACACACCGCCAGUUGUAUUGAAAGCUCCGAAUUUCUUACUAAAAUACAACUCUGCAAAUGGUAAACCGCUCCAAUGGGAAAAAUCCAUAUUACGUCUCGAAUGGGAAUUUAAGGAUGACAUCAGUCCUAUUGUUCGCCAUGAGAUUUGUUUGAAAACGCAUCACGAAGGUCACACACCUGUUGAGAGGCUUGUCUUAGGAUCGGAACGCCACGUGACUGUUAGUUUAGAUGGGACGAAUUGGCUAAAUGACGGUGACAAAUACUAUGCAAUUGUGACAUCGUGCAACGCCGCAGGACUUUGCUUUUCUGAACGAACAAGCGACCUUUUAAUUGAUUCUACUCCACCGCACCUCGGUGGAUUUAAACCACCUCUGACGUGGACGAACAACAAUAAUGCACUUGGAAAUAAAGUAACAAAUGUAACCCUGACAUGGUACGGGUUCCACGACCAGGAGUCCGGAAUUGAAAACUACUACGUGACUGUCUCGCGGUCCUACAGCUUCAGUGAAAUUUCAAAUGGAGUAAUAAAAAUUAAAAAUUCUAAUCAAAACGAAAGCGUUCAAACUUCAUUCGUGCUGACUGAAAGUAUUACUCCUGACGAAUCCAUUAUUCUUUCGAUAUGGGCGCAGAACAAUGUCGGACUAAACAGUUCGGUUGCAAGGGUCACUGUGAAUGUUUUAUCUGAGACACCCAGCAAUGAAAUAGGUAUUUUGGAAAUCGAAAAACAUUCAUGCGACAUACAUUUUUGUAACAAGGAAUGUACAUGCGCAGUUAUAGAUCGUCCUUGUGUAGAAGUAAACACCAACGUUACAUGCACUGAUAUCGCACGCACAGAUACGCAGAAUCAAAAUCUCCGAACAUAUGAUAUAUUUGGGGGACUAGCGGGGGAAAUUCUUAAUGUAUCAGCUUCAUCAGCAUGUCUGAGCGGACACUGGUUACAAACAAAUAGAGGAAGUACUGCUGAAAUUAUGCAUCGCUUUGAAUGGAGCAUCGGCGUACAUGGAUACGUCAUUGGCGAAGGGGUGUACGAUCUUAAACUAGAAAACCCAUGGACUGAUGUUGGUCAAAGGUUAGAAUUUAUUCAUUGCCUACCAUUAAAUCGUUCAUUGGUGCACGAGGAGCGCUAUGUCGUUUAUGUGAGAGCUUGGUAUAGCGAAAGUACAUACACUGUGUUCAAGUCGGCUCCAAUCAUGAUAGAUCAAACCCCACCCAAUGUCCGACGUGGUCGUUAUAUCAGAGAAGGUAAUUGUCUUCAAGACUUUGACUUUAUUGACUGGACGGACGAAAUCAUGGCCUGUUGGGACGAUGUGUUUGUUGAACCGCAGAGCUUCAUUGAUCAUUUCAGCGUCAGCCUUGGAACAUUACCUCACAAUGAUGACAUACUUCAACAAAUUGAUGUCGGAAUGGCAACAAACAUAAGUCUCCAUAACAUUUAUCUCAAUCCAGGCACGCGCUAUUACUUCACAGUUAUUGCUGUUAAUAGUGUUGGACUACACACUGCAUUAACAUCAGAUGGAUUCAUUAUUGAUACAGAUAAUCCAAUCGUCGGGGUUGUCUUUAAUACCAUUGAACACAAGAGCUCAGCUUUUCAGAAAUCGACUUCAACCUUUGACCUGUCCUGGAACGGAUUCCAAGAUAAUUUCUCUGGCAUUAAGCACUAUCUAGUUGCGUUUGCCAAAGAUGGUGAAUCCAAUGAAUCAAAUAUUAUCUUUACAAAUGUUGUUUUAUCAAACAAAUUUUCCUUCACAAAGUUGAACCUCGUUCACGGCGAGUCUUAUUUUGGAUUCGUGAAAGCUGUUGACGCAGCAGGUCAUGAAAGUGCAACUGUAAGAUCCCCCAAACAAACAGUCGAUACGACUCCACCAAAAGGUGAUUACUGUGGAUCCACUAAAUCUAUUCAAAUUGAUGUUUCUCGCACAGUUACCAAUGACAGUCUCUCUGUGUUGUUCAACGCAAACCUCACAAAAGAUAACAUGUAUGUUAUUCACGGAAAGAUAAAAAACGUGACGUAUGAGUUAUACCCAAUUCUCCAGAUGGACAAAUACAGUUUGCCCUUACAAUUACAGAAACGUCAUGAUGGAUCAUUCCAAUAUCAUCACAUGUUUAUAUCUCCGUCAACAGGGUUUCAAACCAUUACAAUUGAAUUAGGAACAAUGAUUGCCGAGAAAUUAAUUCAGAUUGUUUACUUUGAAGAGUGUAGACAGGUAGAAAAUAAUUCCGCUGCUCUUUCUGUAAACCAAAUAGGCCCCUAUUCGCUGACUGUGUCCUUGGGAAUACUGGAUUCGGAAAGCGAGUUAAAGACGGUGUCUAUUGGAGCCGGUGCAACUGAAGGGGGUUUUCAGAUCAAAUCCUUGUUUGAGCUACACAAUCGCAAUAACUACGCAUUAAUUACCGCACCAUUUGUGCAUGGGACACCAAUAUAUAUUACUGUAAUAGCCGAGAACCACGCUAGUCUCACGUCUGUUUUCCAUUCUGGUAAAGCGCUUAUAAUAGAUCAUACCCCUCCUAUUGUCAGCGAUAUUGGUGUUGCCGUUUCCGUUAUAACAGGUAAUUCUGCAACAAUGCUAACAACAUGGCAAGCACGAGAUGAUGAAUCUGAUGUUCAAUACUGCAGCUGUAGAAUGGGAUCUACACCUCUGUCAGCUGAUAAACAGGCGGAAAAGGAUUCGGAUACAUCGCAGUAUUGUCAGUCAGACAUACUGAACCUUUCUCAUGGCGACAGAGUCUUUGUUACGGUCAAAUGUGUGAACAAGGUCGAAAUCGCCACGACGUCAGUAUCGAGACCAGUGAUCAUCUACCUUGAACCGCCCAACAACUCGCAAGCUUUCGUUCGGUUUGUGCCAAGAAGUAAGGACUCUUUUUCAAUGACUGCUCCAUUGUCCGCCCAGUCUUCUGCGCAGUCAAAUUCAAGCAUAGUGCAGAUGGAAUGGAACAACUUCGAAGAUCCUUCAGAGAUAACAUCCUACAGGUAUCGUAUCCAAAGCAAUGGUGAUAUUGUUGUGGACUGGACUGAUGCUGGCCUAAAGGACAUGUGCUCCAAUGAGCAUCUAAAGUUGACAUCAGGCGAGACAUACACGGCAGAAAUUCAGGCAGUAAAUGGCGGAGGAUUCGCCAGUUCUGGUGUCAAGUCCUCGCUGAUUGUAGCUUCAGAACCACCAGCGCUCACAGGAUCCCAUAUAUCUGCUGUUUUCGUAAGUGGCAAAUUAACUCUCGAUUGGGAAAAUGUCUUCGACACUCUCACAGGAGUACCAACGCACUACAGCCUGGUUGUUGGGUCACGUGAAGGAUUUUCGGAUAUCGCUGACGUAAACUACACACGUGACCACGUGUAUGACAUCAUCGUCCCAUCAUCAACGCUUGUUGCUCCCAAUCUGAACAAGCUGUACAUUAAAGUGAGUUGUACAUACACCACGGGUAUGUUUACAACAUACAAUACAUCGCACAAACUGUGACGUUAACAUGUUUAGUAGAAAUCAGCCAUUAGUGUAAUAUUCUCCUUGCCUCCACAUUCUCUUGUUGUUUUCAUUGCCUUACAUGCAUAAAGAGUCACGAACAAUCAUAAGCUUUAAAACUUUACCUUGGAUAAUCAUAAAAUAUUAUUUAAAUCAUACUUCGUCAGAGAAAACCGAAAAUACACAUGUUUGUUUUAUAAUUUGUAUAUGUAUAUAUCUAAGGUUUUAGUAUUAAUCCGAUUUUAAUAUUUGUCAUAUAAUGAUUGUAUUAUUUUAGUGCUUUUUUAAUAGCCAAUAGCACUCGAUUGGUCAUUGUCGGCUCGGGUACUACUUAAAUGUAACCCGGGUAUUCUUAUGCAUACUUAAAGGUACCCCGAUUACGGUAAAUAUACUGAAACGUACCCGGGGAUUCUAACACUAAAUUGGUCGUUGUCGGCUAAUGCUUUCAAAUUUAUUAUGUCCAUUUGUAUCUCAAUAUUCUGUAAAAUGGCCUCUAUAUUAGCGAAACUCCUACUCAGAAAGCAUGAUUAGGCAGAUUGAUCAAAGAGAUUGUUUUCGUAUUCCUAAGCGCGUUUUACGACUUCGGUUUUCUGGCGGGAAUAAAACUCGGGUACGGUUUAAAUUCGCCGGGUACGUGUUAAUAUAUUGUUCGUACCCGGGGUAUAUUUAAGUAUACUUAAGAGAUGCCGUGUUACAUUUAAGUAGUACCCGAGCCGAAAAUGACCAAUCGAGCGUCAAUAGCGUGUUUAUGAUAAUUUGAUAAUCGCAAAUAAUUUAUGUUUUUGUAGUCGAAUACUAUCGGUUUAUUGUGUGCUUGUUUUUUUCGCUACUCUCUUAUUCUACUGGAGUGUGUAUUAAGAUUGCUUUGAAAUGUUUUGCUUAUGUUACUAGAACAUGCAUGUAUGGGACCUGUUCAUAGACUUUCGAAUUCACAAACUUGAAAUAAAAAACAACAAUAUCGACACGGCAGACUACAUACAAAGACACGAUUGCUAGUAGUAUAGUUAUGUGUAUGAAGCUAUAUGAGUUUUGUUGAUUGUUUUGAAAGUUGUGGACAACGUAAAAGUCCAUUACAAAACGUUGAAUCCGGUGAAAACGAACAUCAUUUAGGACGCCUUUAUGGUUAACACAUAAAAAGUAACCGAACUAUUAUUAUUUUGCCGACAUCAAUGUAUAGUUAUUUUUGUUUUCACACUAAAAAACAUAUACUUUUAAAGAGAUUUUUCAGUUUUAAAAUAUCAGUGGUCUGCCUUUCGUUUGCUUUAAAUAAUAUCUUAUUUAUUAAACGUAUUUUGUCAGUGCCAAUUUUACAAUUUUACAUCUGAUAUAUGGGAACACUCCUUUAAAACGGGGUUUCAAUGUUUAAUGGUUUUCUGUUUAUUUAAUACUACAUAUUGUCGGAUACAGUCAAUUUGAUAUAUUGGGAAAUAUGUGUAUGUAGUCAGUACAUAAUAUGUCGCAAUAUGUGUUGGUUUCGCUUAGUUACUAUUAUUCUAUACUUUUUAGUCGGGAAUGUGAGUGACCGACAUUUAUAGACGAAUCUUUACAAAACACAACAUUGGCACAGUCAUGAAAUUAAUUAAAAAUUUGUUGCUCUGUAUAAAUUUAUAAAUUAUAUAUCAAAACACCACACACCGAUUCCAAAAAGGGUUCAGGUAUUUAUCUAAAUAAGUAUAUAUAUUCACCGUAAAUGUCUUUAUAUUUUUAUAAUAUUUAUCAUUUUUCUUGAAGAAACAUUCAUUAUAAAACAGUACAAAUGUGAAAAUGUUCUGAUUGUAAAGUGAAAAAGGCAACGAACUGUUAUUUUAAAUAAAACGGGUUAACAUGAACUCAAUGUUAACAUUUCAUGCUCAAAAUAUUAUACUAUCAUUAGAAUGACGAUUGUUUUAUAAUUAAUUGAAAAUCUAUACAUGUACAUGCCGACAUCAGUCAAAUAAUGUUAACUUCCAUGACAUUUAUAGCUAAUAAGUUUGAUCCGAUGCUGAACGUUGUGUCUUUAUUUCGCAUGAACGAAUAAGCACAGAGUAAACAGUGUACAUGACUCAUCUUAUGAAUACAAUUUAAAAAGUUGAUAUAUUUUAUAUGUAAGAUGAUUUGUUCGCAACUAAAAACAUGUGUCAUGUUUUGUGUAUAAUGUUGUAUAUUUUUGGCCAACUGCCUUUGUUUACUUAAUAAACUGAGUUUAGUUGAAAUGAGACCAAGGAGAAGUUUUCUGGUGUACAGCAGAAAUGUAUUUGUUAUGGAAUAAAACAAAACUUUCGUUAAUUUUCUGUAACUUCUUCCGAGCAUUCAUUCUAGUUUUGUUUAUUCAUCAACGUUUUAUCCGUUUUGAAAAAAAAAGUAUUAAGAUCUUAUUAUGCUUUAAACAGUGGUAUGUAGUUUACUAAAUUUGAGAAACGUGUUAAAUGUAAAUUUACCAAGUGAUACGUUACAUAACAGAUAUUUACA